CAGGUGCAGGAUUGGGCACAAGACAAACAAGGGAACAUACUAAACAGCAACCUCAACAACUCUGCCUCCAAUGAUCCACAAAGAAAACGAAUUUGCAAACAAAACCAAGGACUCUCGAACCCUUCUCCACCAUUUCCUCCACUGCCGAGCGCCUGAUGGAAGCAGCAGUGGCUACUACCUCAUCUCUGGUGCUCUUCUCUAGCCCCAGAAGGUCACCACAUGCCUCCCGUUCUUCCCUCGUGUUGCCACGGCUUCCCUGCAAUGGCUCCUCCUCCUCCGGUGGAAAGCAGCGACAGCUGAUUUGCCUCGCUGUACUAAGGCUGAACAGCAAGAAGAGCAGCAUCCUGAGGUGUUCGUCCAGUGUCACUGGCGGCUCAUCAACUUUUGUAUCUUCAGAAAGAUGGCUUCUUGAUCCUGCAGGUGACGGCGAUUGGCGUCAUAUCGGCUACAAAGUUCCACGCCCCGGCGCGUUCGAGAUAGCCUCUGAUGCGGUCACCGUUGGUCGGGUUGCUGACAAGGCUGACAUCGUCCUCCCCGUCGCCACAGUUUCUGGCGCGCACGCUCGGCUGGAGAAGAAGGACGGGAGCCUGCUGGUGACGGACCUGGACAGCACCAACGGCACCUACAUCAACGAGCGGCGGCUCGUCCCUGGCUUCCCCGUGCCCAUUGACUCCGGCAGCCUCCUCAUCUUUGGUGACAUCCACUUGGCCAUGUUUCGUGUCAGGAAGAUGCUGGUUGAGGCGCCCAGCGAGGCCGAUGCAGCCGAACAAGAAACCAAGACCGAGGCAGUAUCAACUGCAGUUGAAGAUACUGCAAGUUAGCAAGUCCUGAAGCGUUCCGCGGUGCCCAACAGCAGUAGAUCGUUCCAAAUAAGCACAGAUGCUAUGCGUCGUCUCUCAGGAUCCAGGAGCUCGACAAGAGUGUCAGUCAUCUGUAUUCUGUAACAAGAAGAAAAGCCCCAAAGCAACAACUACGGAUGUAAUAAAAAUGUACACAGUGGAUUCGGUUUCA